AGAAUUUACUUGUCUUAUUCUUCAGUAGCUUGAAUACAAAAAGAAGAGGUAUGAAAAAUAACACCUUGAGUAGUGCUGGGAUCUGUAUGAUAUUCCAGUCUGGGAAAAAUCUAGAUGUCCAGAACCUUCUGUUAGGAAAGGGAGGAUCCCAUACUGCCCUGGUGUAGUGCUCCUAGGAGAAGCAAAAAGAAUUCCUGUCCUCAUGAGGCAAGUCCAGAAAACCUCUGGGUGGGGCUGGCCCCUUUAAGGCUCAGAGACUGAAGUAAUCUGGUAGCUAAGGAGUCAUAAUGACAACUUUCUUGGGUAAUUCUCUCUAGAAAUGUAGUUCUUACUCUCCACGACCAGAAGUACCUAGGAGUAAAGCCACCUUCUCCUCAUUUUGGUUGGAGAUGGUGGCUUGGAAAUGGACUUGCUUGAGGACCUUGAAUCCCUGCAGUUUGAGUAUGGGAUUCAAGAGGAAGACUGCAGCUGGCUGUAUUUGCAGGGCCGUUCUCGAGGGCUGGUGAUCAAGGCCUGUGCCCAUGCAACUUUCUUCUGCAAGCUACUGUGUAAUUUGAGAGAAUCAUUACGUGAGAAGCACACUUCCAGGUGUCUCUUGACUGGAUUGCUUGCUGACACUCCCGAUGAUGAUGAUGAUGAGUUAAAGGUGGGCAUCAUUGGAGGUGGCCACCUUGGGAAGCAGCUGGCUCGUGCACUGCUUCAGCUUGUCCCCAUCCCUGCUGAGAACCUGAGGAUUUCCACUCGCAGGCCAGAGGCCCUGGAUGAGUUCCAGAAACUGGGAAUCCAGUGCUUUUACCAUAACCCUUAUCUGGUGAACUGGGCCAACUUGAUAUUCCUCUGCUGCCUGCCAUCUCAGCUGCCUACUAUCUGUCUGGAAAUUCAAGCCCGCCUAGAAAAAGGUUGCAUUGUGUACAGCUUCGCAGCUGCUAUCCCAAUAGCCAGGUUGAAACUCCUGCUGAACCACACCAAUAUCUUGCGGCCUCAGUAUCAGUGUGUUGAAGAUUUUGUCAACAUCUGGGGGGCCAAUAAGGAGAUCACAGCUGCUCUCCAAGAUCCUGCGACCCUUCAGGCUACCUGCCCCUACAGUUCUGCUGGGGGAAUAAUCCUCAAUAUCAAGUGGUUGGAGGGAGUGUUCUACGCCAUCCUAAACAUCUGCACCGCAAAGGACAUGCCCCACUUACAAGUGCUGCAACAUCUGAAUGAACUGUUCCUCUCUGUGCACUUUGAAGACUGUGAGAAGGAUGGAGCAUCUUGCCCCAAAUUUCAAUUAGGUGAUUUUGUCAACCAAGUCUAUACCAAGAACCUAUCUCAGAAAAGGCCUUUCCCCUGGUUUGAUCUGACUGCUGUGCAACUCAAGGAAACUCCCUUUAGUCAGCAGCUCUCAACCAGUACUGCUCUCCAGGACCACCUUACCCUUCUAUACUGUGAUUCAUUUGGCAUCUCCCUAACCAAAAAACAGCAGCCAGUGGUCUCCAGAGGCUCUCCCUCCCAAUAAGAGAAGAGACCUCAGGAAUCAGGAUUCUUUUCCCUUCCACAAUGGUUGUACCCUGAUUAUCACAAUUCACAUUAGGAAUCAUGUGAUUACAUUGUGUUUGCCACAUGUUGGGCAUUAAGGAAUUAGAAAAUUAUACUGAUGUUCUUUAAAAUAUAGAAUAAAACAAGAAGUCUUUUACAUCAGUAUAUUUGGGUAUGUCUGGCUUUUGGAAGCAACCAAAAGAAACUAUAUAACCUGACACACUUAAGUAAGCCGCUUCCCUAGGAAAGCCGUGUUAAUAUAAAUUAUUUCACUUCUAAAAGCUAAAUUAUUAGCUGUUUAGACUAUAUAUUGCAGCUUGUUCUCCUGUAGCAGUGAGUAGCUGACAAACGAUACAGCUUGCUUUUCCUACCAUUUUGGAUAAAGAAGUAAAAUGUGUGGUAAACAAUCUUAAUUGAAUUAUGACUCAUUUCAUGCUUAUUUCAGCUAUAUAUGACUGUUCUGGAAUUAUCUUAUUUAAAGCUGUUCCCAUUUAAACCA